AUGGUCAAGGCGAUUCCUGAGAAGAACUCUGGAACAGGACGACCUGCCCCUGCCCCUGCCCCUGCCCCUGUAAAUACCUGGGAAACAACUAGACCUAUGCGAUGCGGGCCUCUCAAACAUGCAAGAGGCAAAUGCUUCACUUUCCAAUGUCAGAAAGACGUAGACAUGGGGCAUCUAAUCGGAAAGGGAGGCAGAUUCGCUAAGAUGGCCAGGCAGGAGCACGGGGUCGUCAUGAACGUCCUGAACGAUGGUUCAAGGAUGGUUCAACUCACGGGCAAUAAGAACAAUGUCGAAAAGGUCUACAAACAACUCCAGUUCAGAGUAGACAAGAUUUUCGACAUCAAUGAACUCCCCCAAGUCUCCCGUGGGCUGUUUGCAGUCGGAAAACAGGACUUUUUGAUGACAGUUCACCGCCAAUUUAGGGAGGCCAUAAGGGGACCACAGAAUGCUACCAUCCGAAAACUCAACAGGGACCGGAAUGUGACCAUCUACCUCCCUGAACAAGAAGAUCAACGCCAUUACAUCAGCAUCUUUGGGUCACUGGAAGACGCCCUCGAAGUUGAGCGGGACAUAUCGAAAAUCAUCGAUGAUGUCAAGAACUGGCCAACAGACGACGACCUGAAACUCGUUGGCCUCAACUUUUACCAGUUCGGCUUACCGCUUGAGGGCAGACGUUUCCUCCUGGGCCAGAAAGGACAAGGGGCUGCAGAAGUCAGGGGCCUCUUCAAAGUCAGUCUCAUUCUGCCUCAAGAAGACGACGAAAGGGAAAUCGGCUUUUUAGGCGGAGACCUCGACAAGGUGAGAAAGGCCCAUGCUCACCUGAAGUUUAUCCUUGAAGAGGUCAGCGUUGACAGUGAGGAAAUCACUGAACAAGGACUGACCAGAAUUGGCCCCGGCAAAUAUCGUUUUGAUGUCGACGGGAAGCAGAAAGGACUUCUCGUCGGCUACCAAGGAGGAAAUCUGAAGAAACUGGAGAAGGAGAAUAAUGUUACCAUCAUCGUCCACAAGAGAGAGGAGGACUAUGUCACCAUACAGGGCCGACUAAGCGAUGUCGAGGACGCUUGCCUCGAAAUACGAAAAGCGAUGAAGAAACCCCUCCCAAGAGGACAGGCAGCAAGAGGCGAGGAAACACAAGAGGAAAUUGUUACGGGCUUGACCAGGGUGGGAGAUCGCCUCUACAGAGUGGUCCUCGACUAUCAGGAACGUGCCAUGGUCAUCGGCCGAGGAGGAGAAAACAUCAGGAGGAUGAUCGGUGCCCACAAGGUCCAGUUCCAGGGACCCCAGACGAAAGAGGAAGGCAAGAACUGCACCAUCCGAGGCAGUGAGGAGGACGUCCUUGCCUUCUUUAACGAGGUCCUGGAAAUCAUCAAGAAUAAAGGACAGAAGAGGGCACAAGAUAGGCAGACCCAGAGGCAGCAAGAGCCUCGUAGGACUGACAGAAAACCCACACUGGCCGAUUUCUUCUGA